UUUGCCUCAACCAAGAUGGCGGCCCCUUCUCGCCGUGACGUCACUUCCGGCUCCUCUCCUUAUAAUGCGGGCUCGGUUUCCGGUCUGCCUCCUUUUCUGCAGCGGCCUCAACCUGAGAAGAUGCCACUCGCUAAAGAUCUCCUACACCCCUCCCCCGAGGAGGAGAAGAGGAAACACAAGAAGAAGCGUCUGGUGCAAAGCCCAAACUCCUACUUCAUGGACGUCAAAUGUCCAGGAUGCUACAAGAUCACCACUGUGUUCAGCCACGCCCAGACCGUGGUGUUGUGUGUCGGCUGCUCCACCGUCCUCUGCCAGCCCACCGGGGGAAAAGCCCGCCUGACAGAGGGUUGUUCUUUUCGGAGAAAGCAGCACUAAGCGUCCCCAAGCCGGAGACGCGUUAUGGCGUUCGCUGUGCGUGGAGAUGUAUAUUUUGAAGGACGCGGUGGGAGGGGGAAGGGCGCGUUUUUGCUCAUCAUCUGGGACACUGUAGCCCCAUCCCUUUUCUCUCAAUAAAUUUUGGAUACAAUU